AUGGAAGCCGCCAACCCCGUUGCUGCCACCGAUCAAUGCGCGGUGACGCCUGCCGAGGUUGAGAUUGAAGGCGCAUGCACAGGGGAAUGGUCAAUCCAGAGCCUUGUAACGUCAAAUGAAACAUACAUGAAGAAGAAAGUGCCUUGGGCAGAGGAUAGUCAAUCGAUGGGCAGGGAUAUUGGGCGCUCGAGACCGCGCAGUCGCAGUGGAAGCAUCACACCAGGCCCUUCGCUUCACUGCCUCACGCGCCUUCGCGGCACAUGUCCGCCACCAACCGCCCCCACAGCCCCCACAGCCCCCACAGCCCCCACAGCCCCCACAGCCCCUACGGACUCGACCACGGCCCCAACCGCCGGCUCCUCAAUCCCCAGGCGCCUCAUCAGCCUCACAGACCCCUCAGCCACGCCCGCAAUCACGCCGCUUCUGUCCAACUUGUCCGCCCUGCUCGACAACUUUCGCCCAAACUCCCGCGGCCAUGAUUUGGUCCGAUUGGCCCAGCCCCAUCGGCCAGCAGAUCCGCCAUACGAACAGACUCGAGCGGGUACAACAGAAGUACUCGACCAAAAUAACGUGCUCCAGGCCAUGGCCGAGUUGGCCUGCUUCUCCACCGACCUAAGCGCCCGCGCUGGUGCCGCCACCGCCGCAGAGCUGCACUGA